CUUUCCCUCUCUCUCUCUUCGUCACUCAUCCUCAGCUGACACUCUGACAGAGCUGCUGUGGGACUGAGCUGACUUUACCGAAUGGAGCCGGAGGAGAAUCUGCUGACAACUGAGCUGGCUCACUAACAUAUACACACAAACAAAUACAACUGCACUGUGGAAAUAAAACACGUAAACAAAGCCAGUCUUUCUUGACCAUGACGGAUACUGCCACCGAGGAGGACAAGGACCCUGAUAUUGAGCUGUUUGUCAAGGCUGGGAGUGAUGGCGAGAGCAUUGGAAACUGUCCUUUCUCCCAGCGCCUCUUCAUGAUCCUGUGGCUGAAAGGUGUUGUCUUCAACGUCACCACUGUUGACCUAAAGAGGAAACCAGCUGAUCUUCACAACCUGGCUCCUGGGACACACCCGCCCUUCCUCACUUUCGAAGGGGAAGUUUACUCUGAUGUCAACAAAAUAGAGGAAUUCCUGGAGGAAAAGCUGGCUCCACCAAAGUACCCCAAACUUGCAGCAAAGAAUCGUGAAUCCAACACAGCAGGAAAUGACAUAUUUGCCAGAUUUUCAGCUUUUGUCAAAAACACAAAACCAGAUAAAAAUCGAGCUUUAGAGGCCAAUCUAAACAAGGCCCUGGCUAAGCUGGACGAGUACCUGAUUAGUCCUCUCCCUGAUGAGGCAGACGAGGGAGAAUCCACCCGCAAGUUCCUGGACGGAAAUGAACUGACACUUGCUGACUGCAACCUUCUACCAAAGCUUCAUGUCGUUAAGGUGGUUGCAAAGAAAUACAGAAACUAUGAGAUCCCGUCAGAGUUCAGAGGUUUGUGGCGGUACCUCGGAAAUGCUUACAAACAGGACGAGUUCAUCAACACCUGUGCAGCUGAUGUGGAAAUCGAGCUAGCCUAUAAGGAUGUCGCCAGGAGGCUGGGGAAAUGAAUGCAUCACAAGCACUCAAGAACCUUUUUAUCUUUUAUUGAGAAAUAUCUAAUAAAUCACUUCUCUUUUUGAAAACCAUUACAUACACUUUUGGCACAGUGUGUGUCACUUGUAAUAGUAAUAUAGUAAAUAUGUUUAACUGUAGCACACUGGUGUGAUGUUUCAGAGAAGGUGCUAAAAAUCAUGAAUCAUGUUUGUAAUGGUACUGUGUAGCAGCAGAUGUCUGACGCAUCAAACGAUGCUUGCAAACUAAAGAGGCUGAAAAUAGUUUCAUAAUGAUUACAUUACAAUCAUUUUUCAAAAAAUAUUCAAUGAGAAAAAAUGUAUGAAGUUUGCAGCUAAGUGUUUAGUUAUAGUAAAUCCCUGCCUUAAGCAACAACUGUCCAGUCAUCAGUGAUUAAUGAACUGACAGCAGGUGAACUAAGUAAAAUCGCCUGGGGAGUGUAGUUCACACUACAUUCAAACACAAUGAUCAAAGCGAAAAUGUACAAGUAGGAAAAACCUGUAGCAUUAAAAUCAAAUGCCAGCAAUUUUUUUUAAAAAAAAGAAAGACAAACAAACAAAAAACAUUCCCUUUUUGUUUACAGGUCAUGCAAAUAUAACACACCCUACUAUUCAUAGUCAAGUGCAAGGAAGGACUGCUUUGCUUUGUACAGAGAGUUUUGUGGUGGUAUUGUACCAAGCAACAUUACAUCAUUAGCCUCUAGAAACAUUAUAUGUUAAUAAUAAUAAUUAAAUAAGUAGCAAUAGCUGACACCUGGCAUACUCAGUUUUACUUUUACAACUUCAUAUUAAACAUAUUAAAAACUACCGAUAGGCAGAUAUUUUCACAGCUGGGAAACUUUUUAAAUCACAAAACCGUCCCAGUAUUCUUUUAUGGUUUACAUGGGUCGGAUUCUCUGCAUAUAUUGGUCAUUCUUUUAGCCUUUCUUGGGUAAAUAAACAAAUAAUAAUAAAAUAAUAAUAAUAGAAUAAUAAAAAAUAAAGAAACUGUUGUAUUUGUUGGAGUUUUAUUUUUGCUUUAACUUUUGCCAAGUUAGCCUUAAUUUGCUAAUUGGCUAGCUUUUUCUUCAAGGCUCAUAGACAGGGGCGCCUCUGAGAGGGGGCCACUCGGGGGGACGGGGGGGGGAUCAAAAGAAAGGAAUGCCCCUACAAUAAUACAAUAAGGUGAAACAUUAACUUGUUUUUUAUUCCGGCAUAUAUAAUAUUUGUAAUUCGUAUUUCCUGUCGUGACCCCCACCCCACACAAUAUUUUUCAAGUAACCUAUAUUUGACAACAGCAUAACAAAACGUAAGUUUGGUUUUUGGUGUGCCACCCCAAUAUUUUUAGUGGCCACCCCUACGAAAAAAUAAUUCUGGAGGCGCCCCUGCUUAUAGAUGCAACAUUUGUCAGCAUAGCUGCCUAAGCAACACACACACAUCUAGCAUAAUUGCCUACGUUGCUUCAGCUAACAAUGCUCUAAAGUUGAUGUUAACAGUCAUUCAAACCAAGGUGUCAAAAGUCUAGGAAACUUUUUUGUAAAAAUCUGCACUCGACAGCAGAUCCCCAAACAGCCAGUGAGUGUUAGGAGGUUAAGAUGUGUUUAUCCCAAUUUCUACUAAAGUAUUAUCUCCUUACUGAUUAAAAUCAUAUUUUAGUGUCAUAAAUGUCUUGGAUAUUGGUGAAUCUAACUGUUCUGUUUGUUUGUUUCUUUUUUUUUUCCUGUUGAUUUUGAUAUGAUUUUGUGUUUUCCAGUUUUCCUGAGUGUUUGAGGAAAGCCCUGCUAAAAACGUGUCUCAGCCAAAGCAGUUUGUCUUUUACUGGUGCAGCGUCAGCGCUGUGAUGGCCUUCCUUUUUCUAACAAGGCAAUUUAACCAUUUAUUUGAUCAGUUAUAUACAAAGUACAAGACAGAUUUUCUUAAGAAGUUACAAAUCUUUGUUUUUCUUUUGUUAAUAUAGUUUUCUUGUUAUAUUGCCUCACACUGUAGUUUACAGCAAAUACUUACUCUGUAGCCCUUUUUUAAUAGGUUACAGUCUAGUUUUCAACAAUAACUUUCUUUUUCUGGUUAAUAAACAACAAUGCUCUCAGUCUGGGAAAUCAGCCUGUAAUAAAAAGAUCAUACAUGACAGUAACCACCUAAAUAAACCAAAUUUAGCUAGUUCUUUUAUGCACACUGAUGGUAGAGGAUUUAAUCAUGGGUGCCUUAGUGAGAAUCAAGCUCACCUCUGCCUUCGGCUCUAUGUCUGUACAGUAAAUUAUGCAUGUUUGAAUAUGAUAGGAAUGUGAAUUUUUCAUGUCAUCUCUGUAGAGCUUCUGGGGAAAAAACCCAAACUUCAACUACCAUAUUCGUCUUCUCUCUGAUGAUUGCAAGCCACUGUGUAGACUGUGUUGCUUAUUUGAAUAUUAAAUCUAUUUUCUCAGAGGCUGA